CGCCGCAAGCCUGUACAAUUGGAUCACGCCCUCGUCACCAUCGCGUCACACCCAUCACUUCCAUAGCCAUAUUGGCUAGCCAGAGGAAUGGUCAUAAUUCGUAGCCAAAUUCAUCGCCAUACCUCAUAGCUGGCGCAUGGAAUCGUUUGGUAUCAUACCCGCAGAUCCUCCCUCCCAUGCCGACUCCGAAGGAGUCCUGCACCCUUUCUAUGGUACGUUGGUGUGUUUGCCCGUUGCUGUUUUAAUGUGGGAUCGGUUGCACAACAGCAGUGAACGGCAGCCAGAUCUAGAAACUUCAAGACGCGCUCUCUUGCUCAUGGUUGCAGCAAUCGGCUCCGCAGAGCUGUACCACGUCUGGGUUGGGUACGUGAGUGUCUGGACAGUUUGGGUGAUACUGGUCUGCAGUGUCUGGGGAUUCAUCGACGCCGUGCUUCGAUAUCCGAUCGUCUAUGACCCGGGCAGUUUCUUCGUAAUUAAGCAAUGUGUUCUUCUGUGCCUCAAAGUGGUGUGCAUGGCUUGUGGGCUCGAGGCGCUGGACAAGGACGGCAUACUGCGGCUGCUCACUCUUUUUGUCGCCAACGCUACAUUCCCGCUGCUGUAUACGCUGGCCUUGCCAAUCAGUGAUGAUCCUGCGGACCAGCAACUAGCAGCCUACGACGCAGUGAAUGUCGACAUCGUUCUGCGCGUGCUGGAGUUUACGAAGAGCCGUCGACGGAAAGAAGAUGCCUGCAUCAUGAGGACGAAGUGUGUGCACAAGUAUGUUCCGACCAUUGUCAAUUAUUUUCUCCCAACUUGCAGGUCCCAACCUAGCCCUUUUGGUGAGACCUCGCACAGGCGCAGACUCGUGUAGCGGUGCCAGAGCUGUUGGAGUAGUCGUCGGUGCUCCCCGCGAGUUGCAUGAGAUGCUAGCGACCCGCCGCUAGGAAGCAAGUGUAGCACGUAUGCAUAUUUGAAUUCAGGUGUUGAAUACGCCAUCUCCGCCCAACUUUCCCAUCACAUCUAACAUACAUAUGAUCUGGCCUAUGGCAUGUGUAGCCGAUAUGUGUGUGAUGGCUUCGAGUUAUGUAUGUUACCGCGUUCUGUUCGCGCCACCUUCUUGUGUCUGCAAUUUGGUGCGCUAGUUUCUUGAGCAACGCACGUGGCCGCUGUAUGGUGGAUCCAUGGAUCCCUGGAUGAGCGAGUAUGUUGUUCAAUGCCUGGCCUUCCUGUGCACUUCAAUCAAAGCUUGAUCACAUCACCAGUGUGCGGCGGGUCAGGCGGCCUUGUUUCAUGCGGUGCGCUGUAGAUCGUUCGGGCAAUGCCUGAGCAGUGCGUGUAGCAUGGUUGCCUCGCAUCAGCAUCUCCCAAUACGCGCGAGUGAGCUACCUGCCAUGACACAUACCCAAGUCUUAGAUGGUUCUUGUGACGGGCCAGUAGACAUCCGCCGUGGUCUUGAUGAGCAGUUUGCGUGGACGUCUUGCCGGUCGGUGAGCCGUGCUGCUCUCGAUAUGUUGUUGCACAGUUGCACAUGUCGGUUAACGUCUGCUCCAUAGCGGGAUCACAGCCUUCACGAAUCAUUGCAAAUUUGGAUUAUCGUCA